AUGACGUUCUAUCCGUGGCAGAAAAGAGAAUUGACCAUUGCUCUCAUUGGCGAGACGGGCACUGGGAAGACGGCUUUCCUGGAUCUGCUGUCCAACGUCUGCGCUGGCGUUCAACUGAAAGCUUUCGGCACUGUUCAUCAGACCGCAAACGAGGCUGGCGGGAAACAGUCUGGUAGCCAGACAAACAAACCGCUGAUGUACACGAUUACCGCUGCCAAUGACACAGUGAUUCACAUCCUCGACACCCCUGGUCUCGCUGAUACUCGUGGAAUCGACAAAGAUAGUGACCAUAGGGAAGCCAUUGCGAACUUCAUUCGGGAUCACACUGAGACCAUCGACGCUGUCAUCAUUCUGGCGAAUGGCACGCUCCCGCGGCUCGGAGUCUCCACAGACUACGCACUGUCGGCGAUAUCAGGUUUAUUUCCUUACACCUUGUUCGACAAUAUCGGAUUUGUCUUCACGAAUGUGAACGACCCUCUCAACUUCAACUUUGACAGUACGUCCCUUCCCGCGGUACUUCAAGGCUGUCGUCAGUUCUUGAUUGACAAUCCCCUGGCGAGAUGGCUCAAGUAUCAGGCAAAGCGCGUCCAAGGGCCGCGCCAGCGGCUCGAGAAGAUGCGCCGAGAUGUAGAGGAGGGAUAUGUUGAAUCGCUCGAGACGCUCAACGACGUGUUCCAGUGGCUGGACAGCCGUUCAGUGCAACCCACGAAGACGAUUAAUGAUCUGCAGGAAAUCUCCACAGAGAUCGAGGCCGCGAUUGCGAACGUUAUCGCUAGUAUUUCGCAGACGGAAGAGCUUAGAAGCGCGCUCAUCAAGCUACAGGACGAUAUGCGUCAGCAAGUAGAGGUACCAGCUACCGGUGUUCGCCUAUAUUCGGCGAUCGUGUCCAGGACCUACUUCGAGCACGAAGCAACAAACGUCCACAACACACUAUGCGCGGCCACAGGGUGUUACUCCAAUUGUCACCUAUCCUGCAAUGUCACCUUCACGUUGGACACCGAUCGCCUGGGUAAGCAGUGUAUGGCGUUCCAGCAACCGGGUGGCAGACAGGAUCCAUCUCACUGCCACGUGUGCGGACAUUCCUCCGACCUGCACCAGCAUAUUUAUGCCAAAUGGGUGAAAAAGACGAAGAAAGUUGAGGAAGUCAAUGAACUGGCGAAGGCUCUUUACGAUGGGGCUAAAACAGAAGCGGAGAAGAUUGAGGCUGUGCGCGCGACUGUAGAGGCGAAGAUCGCAGAAUGCGAAGAGGCGCUCAAGGGUAGCGAAGGCAAGCUAGGGUAUUUGUGCGAUUCGUAUAAUUCCCUCGCACUGUCUGGCAGCUUCACCGGUCACGUCGCGGGCACGAUCAAACUCCUACAGCUCCGCCUCGAAGCCAUGAAGGACGAAGGCAUAUCACAGGAUGCCCAGAACCGGAUGGCUGAACGGAUCAGGACGCUCCAAAAUAAGUAUCAGAUUAUCCAAGACGCUGAGAGAAAGAGGAGGGGUGUACGGAGAGUGGGUACAACGGACAGUCCUUCGCGCAGCCUUCGGGGAGUGUAG